AUGGCAGCAGCGGCCCUCACCACUUGCUCUCCUUCCCUCCCGCACUGCUCUUGUCCCCUCCACUCAUUCCCCUCCCCCCAUUCCCCUCCUUCCAUUCCCCUCCCUCCUUGCCCACACGGCGCAGACCUCAAGUCAAUGGCAGCAGCGGCCCUCACCAGUUGCCACCUGCACCACCCGCCCUCCUCUGCUUCCCAUUCUCCACGCAUUCUCUGCCUGGGGCUAGGAGGGGGCAGUCUGCCCCUCUUCCUCGCUCACGCUCUGCCCUUCUGCCUCUCUUCCUCGCUCAUGCUUUACCCUGGGGCAGUCCGCCUCUCUGCCUCGCUCACGCUUUACCCUGGGGCAGUCCGCCUCUCUGCCUCGCUCACGCUUUACCCUGUGAGUCCCACCCACCCACCUGCUACUUCCCAUCCCUUGCACGAGGGAAGUGGCACAGAACUUGACCAUUUCCACUUGCGCACUCUCUGCCUCGGGCUGGGAGGGGGCAGUCUGCCUCUCUGCCUCGCUCAUGCUUUACCCUCCGCCCACGUUGAUGCAGUGGAGAUCGAUCCAGCAGUCAUAGCGGCAGCCAUGCGGCACAUGGGCUUCCCAGAAUGGGCCAUGAGAACCAAGACAAAACCAUUUUCUGGAUCAAAAGCAGAGGGAGAGACAGAGGCCCUAGCACUGGGUGGAAUGCCGCUACCAGAGGACCAAGCAGCUGCCGCAGCAGCAGCAGAGCGGGUAUUAUGGCAGGGUUUGUACGGAAGGGUGGCAGUUUAUAACGAGGAUGCAGUGAGCUUCGUUUUGAGGGCUGCAGAGAGGAUUGGGAGAGGAGGGGGGGAUGGGGAGAGUGGUAGGCGGGGGGAGGGGGAGAGAGCAGAUGCAGGAGAUAGGGAGGAGCAACAGGAGCCGUACGAUCUGGUGCUGGUGGAUGUGUUUGACGGCUCAGAUGAGACCCCGCCGGAGCUGCUGGAUAGGAACAGCCCGUUCUUGAGAGUCUUGGCUCAGGUGGUUCAUCCGAAGCACGGCACAGUGGUGGUAAGUGUGAUGAAUGUGCAUGCAGACGUGCCACCGCCAUCCCUGUGGGAGCGGGUGACGGGUCGAUUUGGGGACGGAUGGGCGGAUGAGACUCUUCCCUCCUCCCUCCCAUCGGCAUUGCCUUCACUCCCAGGGCAACAUGACCCUGGUAGCGCAGCGAGGGGUGGUGCUGGGGGAAAUGGCGCGAGAGAGGGAGAGCGGUUAUCACCCGAAACCCACACAGCCCGGCAGAGUGGCAUAGGCUUCACAACAACAACCCCCUCCCAGGGCAAUAUGACCCUGGUAGUGCAGCGCGGGGUGGUGCUGGAGGGAGGUGGUGGGAACAGACAGGCAGAGCUAGAAGGGCGGUUGAAGGAGGGAGCAGCAGCGGUGGAGGAGGAGGGGGCUGUACCCUUUACAGUGGCACCCAGGGUUGUUAGAGGGCUCAAGGUGCUUCCUGUGGAGUGGUGCUGUUGA